AGGAAAGGGGCGCGGGGUGUUUUGUUAGCUGCCUCAGCCGGGUCUCUCCCGCUGCUUUUCUUGCUCCCGUCGUGGCGGCUUCCAAGUCAGCCUUUCUUCGGCAUUCAGUCAUUGCUGGUUUCCUAUCUCGCUGCUCUGUUUUUACCAUAAGCUCUUCUCUCGAGGUGCCCUUCUUUCCAGCCAUUUUACCACCAGAUGCCUCAAUUUCUCAGUGGAGAGUGAGGGGGCGCCCUUGUGGCUAUCCUGCGGACUAGCGCCUUUGCCCUGUGGCUUUCAAACUGCUUACCCUCCUAAAGCCAGUCCUUUGCAGCCUGGUGCCUUCCGGUUGUGUUAGGCUUCAGCUCCUAUUAGUAGGAUUGUUCUGAGGAAUCGGGUCAGAAAAUAAUAUGUAAGCUGUGGAAAGAUAAAGAGUAAUGGUUAUGGCUCCUUUUUUUAUUCCCUCUGGCAUAGGAGUGAAAACAAAGAAUGAGACAUGGCUGAAGAUCCUCAGAGAAAUUUCCGAUCCGUGUACUAUGAAAAAGUAGGAUUUCGUGGUGUUGAAGAAAAAAAAUCAUUAGAAAUUCUUUUGAAAGAUGAUCGGUUGGAUAUUGAGAAGCUUUGCACAUUUAGUCAAAGGUUUCCUCUCCCAUCCAUGUACCGGACAUUGGUAUGGAAAGUGCUUCUAGGAAUUCUCCCACCUCACCAUGACUCUCAUGCAUUUGUGAUGAAACAUAGAAAGGAACAAUAUGGGGAUGUAUACCGUGCCCUUCAAGUAAUUCGCUUUAUCACAGAUUCUACUCCACAGGUUGAAGUAUUCCUCCGGAUAUAUCAGUUGGAAUCGGGAAAGCUACCUCAAAAUCCAUCUUUUCCUUUGCAAUCCGAAGAUGAGAUAUUCCUUGCUAUUGCUAAAGCAAUGGAAGAAAUGGUGGAAGAUAAUGUUGAUUGCUACUGGCUAGUCAGUAGUUUUGUGAACCAGUUAAACAAUAGGUACAAGGAGUCAUUACCACAGCUGCCAAAACUUCUGGAACAAAUCCUGAGCCUUGAGGAUAACCGGCUUCUUGCAUAUCUGAAGUCGUGUUCAGCAAUGGGCCAGCUUCCUUAUAAACUUUGGUUUAGAAAAUGUUUUGCUGGAUGCCUACCUGAAUCAAGUUUACAAAGGGUUUGGGACAAGGUUAUUAGUGGUUCUUGCAAAAUCCUUGUCUUCGUUGCUGUUGAGAUCUUAUUAACCUUUAAAAUGAAGUUGAUAGUCUUGACUAGUGCUGAAAAGAUUGAACACUUUUUGGAAAAUAUACCUCAAGAUAACACUGAUGCGAUUGUGAGCAAGGCUAUUGAACUGUGGCACAAACAUUGUGGGACCCCUGCUCAUUCAGUUUGAAAUUACCUGCAUUUCUGUUUUUGUUUUAUGUCUGUUUCUUUCUCCAAAAUAUAUAAUUAAAGUUAUUUAAACAUUGUG